GAUCGAUAGAUAAACCCUAAAAGCAUCGAUCUUGAUCUCUGGGAAUUGUUGUUCCAAAUUGAUCUCUCUCUCUCUCUCUCUCACACUAUCGGGAAAGAAAAUGUCAUCUGUAGGAACAUCGAAAGGGGUUCUGGAGAUUGUAAAGUUCGGUGUCUACGUCGCAGUUCCGAUCGUCCUUAUGUAUACAUUCGCCAACAACAGCACCAAUAUCAAGAAAUUCAUGGGCAAUCGUUCAUAUGUUGUCUAUCCUGAAGAGGCACCUCGACCUCCUCCACCCGAGGAGCUAAGAGAGAUGGCACGAGAGCUCGCCCGUAAGAAGAAUAUCUCUUGAGAGUUGUGAUGAGACGGGAAGGACUAAACAGAAGAGUACGAUGUUAUCUGUUAUAGUAAAAUUGCUCAGCGUAGCAAACUGAUAUAUAAUAAGGUAAUCUUUGGUUGUUGAUUCCUCCUGUAUAAGAAAAGCAAUAAUGAAGAAGAGGUGGCAUUUGUUUUGUUCAAGAACCUUGGUUAUAUAUAUUGUGCAUUCUACACAUCAAAGGAGAAAUAUUUUCUAAUAAA